AUGCUUCACGGCGACGGCCGGACUGUCCACCUCUCCCUCGACCAACGAAUAGGUGCUGCAUUUGCGUCGCAAGAUCUCUACCUCCAUGGAUUCUUUAGUGCCUCCAUUAAACUGCCCUCCGAUUACGUGGCUGGAGUGGUGGUUGCUUUCUGUCGCCUCCGCCGCAUCAAGGUCAGGGACAAAGGAUCCGUCGCAAAAUCUGGCGUCCGGAGGGGAAUCGCGUCUCGGAAUGUCCGCCGCAUCGCAGAUCAAGAGUCCCCCCUGCACCCGCCUCUUUAUCCCCUCAGGAGGUCGGAAUCGGCCGGGAGCGAGAACCAUAACUCCCGAUCUGUCUCGUCGUCGCCGGAUAAGGAUGACCGUUGCUACACGACCAGGGGAUCGGCGGCGUUGGUAUGCGAGGGCGAGAACGCCGACGAAAGAGCCUCGGCAGCCUCUCUACCUCGAUUCUUCGUUUCACUGUCGAACAAGGAGAAGGAGGAGGACUUUAUGGUGAUGAAGGGGUGCAAGCUGCCGCAGCGACCCAAGAAGAGAUCCAAAUUCGUCCAAAAAUGCAUACUCUUGGUAAGUCCUGGAGCAUGGCUGUCAGAUCUCUCACAGGAGAGGUAUGUAGUCAGGGAGAAGAAGGGAUCAAGAAAGAGGAGAAGAGGAUUAAAGGCCAUGUCCAUGGAGAGUGAUUCAGAAUGA